GAUCUAUUUUUAAAAGAAUUACUAUAAUUAUUAGCAAAACUGAGGUAUGCGAUCUCACACUCAACAGCACUUUUUUUUUUUUUUGCUUAAUAGGAAAAUUAUUUUAGUAGUUCCAUUUUGUUAUAUUUAGUAACCCAAUUACUGCUCUUUUUAACGUUAUAAUUUUUAUGCCAUAAAACUUUUUUUUUAGGGUAUUCAGAUAGUUUCAGACAGGUUUUGAGUUGAUCUUAUAGGCUUGGAGAACCUUUAGAGCUGCCUGCUCUUACCACAGAUAGAUAUAAUGUGGCUAUCUGACAUUAUUAUUUUUGCACCCUUAUGAUGUUUGCUAUUUAUUUCUUGUAUGCAUAGAAUUGAUUGUGGGACCAGGGGGCAUACGCAUUACUCAACUAUGUGCUCAUAGCUAAGUCCCUUUUUGCCUGUACGAUUCCCACAUCUUUGAGCCAACUGUGUACCAUAAAAGAGAUCCAGAUUUUUUUUUUUUAACUGUCCAUUUUUCUCCCUUUUCGAUAAUUGAGUGUUUUUUCAGUCUGGUAUUUUCAAGUCAGUGAUAGUUUUUGUCAGUUAUUUCACUUUAUUGUUUGACAGCUUGCUUUGUCGUCGUCUGCCUAUCUUCGCUGAUAGUUGAUAGUUCAGACGCUUUUCGGCAUUUUGUCAUUUUCAGGGUCAGAAAUCAUUCAAAUAAUGUGUCUGAACUAACAAAAAUCAGCAAGGAUAGGCAGACAGGAUGAUAUGUAAUUAUCAAACAAAAGGUUUACCACCCCACCCAGCAGACCACAGCAGAAAAUUUCACAAUAUUUCAACUUAGUUGAAAAUUUGGGUAUGACAAAGAUGUUUUUGCCUACUUGCACUAUUAGCAUUUGGUGAAGUUGUGCAGUAAUCUCACUUGUAGCCAUUUAAUGAUUUUUAAUACGACGACAUAUUCCAUUUUACCAGCCUAGGAAAUCAAAUGCAUACAUGCAACAAUGACUGUAAAAGUGUUGGAAUGAAAAUCAGCAAGUGUCCUAAAUGUGUGUUAAAAACAAGAUCAGGUUGUUUCAUAAUCAGAUCAAUACCAAAGAAAAGUUUGAAAAGAAUCAUAUUGUCUAACAAAUGUUUUGAUAUUUACUUUAAUUCAAAAUUGCCUUUAGCCAUGGUUUAGUUUUAAAAGUUGAGUUGGCCCAUUUUGUUCAUUGGGAGUUAUGAGUCCAGUUGUUGGACUUAAAAUGGUUCGUAUAACUUUUAGGCUCUUGCCAUGAUACAAAACACAACUUUUCUGAACAAUGGCAAACACAAUCUCUAAGGUUGAAAAUUUUGCAAACUACUUUCAAGAAAUAGCCAUGAAUACAAAGAGGACAGAGCUGUUAGAAGUCAAUGUUUCAGACGAGAGCUUAAUGGAAAUUUUCUUGAACUCGGAUCCUUCAUUUGCAUUUGUAGCCAUUGUGGUUAUUAUUGUGAGUGCGCUGAGUGUGUUGAUCUUACUCUUCGACUUUUACACUCCGAUCCCUGAUGGUCCACGAAGAAAGUCGCAAUUUUUCGUUUUAUUUGAGUUCAACAUCAGGAAAAUAUUUCUGGCACAGACACCAGACACACUGAGCACAUUGUGUUGUGGAGUAAAAACAAUACUCGGUAACCAAUGUGAGCGACCUUGCGUCUUUGUUUUCUUGGCCACAUCAGAAUCACACUGCACAGCAUUGGCCUUGGCAAAAAAACUGGCUCAAACUAUAAUUGUGAGUUUCAACAAUGAACUAUCAGUUGAAAAAGUGCACAAAGUUGUGAUGAAAGGCUCAAAAUACACAUCUUUUGAAAACUACUGGGAUUUUCAUCGAGGCCUAAGCAAACGCAUGGAAACAACAAAAGUAGCUAUUGUUACCGAAUUUCAAACCAUUCAUCCACAUGUUGCAACUGUUUUAACCACUCUUGCAGACGAUGCUUUCUCUCCAUUUCCUCAGGUAAACUUUUUACAAUGCACAAUUUCUGCACCUUGUCUUGGCAACAACAGGUAUUGACUUUUUAAUCUUUGCAUUGCAGUCUGUCAUCAUUCUGUUGCUUAGCAUAGAAAACUUCUUCAGUGGGAGGGACUUAAUUAGGAAAACCCCUGUCUCUCUAGCAGAAACAUACCUCGAACAUAUAAUGAGUGCUUUUCUUGAUUCUUCUACAAUGAAGGAGCUACAGAGGUGCACUUGUGGAAGAGCUGUGCUUAUCAACAGAGAAAAAGUUAUUGAGGUGGCCUAAAUUGUUAAAAUUUUGGUUAAACAAAUUGGAAAAACACAUGACUCAAAAUCAAAUGAAACAACAAAAUAUCUAGAAAAUAAUGCUUUCUCACAUGGAAAAUUACAAAAUAAUACAUGAAAUAAUAUCA